UAGUUUGAAUGGAUUAAAUAAAAAUAAAUAUGAGUGAAGUAGCCCAGUUUGAUGAGAAUUUAUCUGAAGAACUGCUUGAUGAAAAUGCAUCAGCUUCAAGUAUAAAUGUAUCUUUGAAUCUUGAUAGAAACAUGUCAAGCUCUCCAUUCCAAAACAAGACAGUAACAUCAAGAAGAGGUGUAUUCCCUCUAUCUCAACUUGGAAGAUUCAAAUCUUGAAAACAGCCAAGAGAUGAUAGGCCUGGGACUGUGAAGAAGCUGAAUUAUGUUAAAGAAGAGUUUCGUUCAAUGAAAUUAAGUUCAAAAACACCAGUUGUGUCUCGUUUGCAAAGCGAUAUCAGAGAGCUUCUUAAGAAGGUUGUUCAGCAAAAGAGCCAGUCAAUGCUAACCCCAGAAGCAAAUAAGGUUCCAACUCCAACUACAGGUCGCAAAGGACCACCUCCUCUAAAAUUGGUUAAAGAUUUUACCAUCCACCAAGUUCAGACCCCAAAUUGCUUUUCUAAAGCUCCAUAAUUCUAAUUUACUAUAUAAAUUUCU